AUGUGUGGAAUAUCUGUUUCAUAUGCUACCGACAAUGCUUCCCCCUCUUCUGCAACUGCUCUACAGGCACAAGUAGAUCAAUCGAUCAGCGCGAUCACUCAUCGAGGUCCUGACUCCACUGGUACUUAUGUCUCUCCGGAUGGUAGAGUCGCUAUGGGCCACGUCCGCCUAUCUAUUAUUGACUUGGUUACUGGCCAACAACCUCUCCACGAUGAUGAUUAUAAUGUCCAUGUUGUCGUAACAGGCGAGCUUUAUGAUUAUGAGCGUAUCCGUGCAGAGCUAGAAGCAAAAGGAUCCCACUUCAAGACAAACUCAGAUUCUGAACUCGUUGUGCAUCUGUACAAAUGUUAUGGCUUCAACCUCUUGACUUGGCUCCGUGGAGAAUUUGCUUUUGUGCUUUAUGAUUCACGUCGUGACUUACUGUUCGCUGCCCGCGAUCGGUUUGGCAUCAAGCCACUUUAUUACUCCCUGGUCGACGGCCACCUUCUCAUUUCCAGUGAAGUGAAGGCCAUGAGAGCUUUUGGAUGGAAACCUGAGUGGGAUGUCGAGAGUGUUGUUCAAAUGGGUGACUUGAAUGAUGACAGAACCGUCUUCAAGGGUGUCUUCAAGGUCCCCAUGGGCCACUCCAUCACUCUCCGCCGUACUGGCCACCUAAAAAUUCAAGCUUACUGGGACCAUUCGUAUGCACCUCCAACUGUCGUGGAAACUCGUACGGUGGAGGAGAUGAUUGAUGGUGUACGUGAGCGAUUAGUGGAAGCAGUGAGAUUGCGUCUGCGUUCCGACGUUCCACUUGGUUUGUACCUUAGUGGUGGAAUCGAUAGCGCUGCAGUAGCAGGUAUCGCUGCUUCUUUAUUGAAAGAAAAGGAUCCAGAUGCCAAAUUGGCAACGUUCACACUUGCGUUCCCUCAAAGCGGAGUACUGGAUGAGGGCCCAAUAGCACGACGAAUGGCUGCCACAAUUGGUGCUGACGUACAUAUGAUCGAACCUACUGAAACAGAUCUUGUAGAAAAUUUCGAGCCAGCAGUUUGGCAUGCUGAGCAACCAACGCUGACUCUUCACGGUGCCGGUAAAGUCAUUCUGUCAAAGUUCGUUCGGGAACAAGGGUAUAAGGUCAUUCUUUCUGGUGAAGGGUCAGACGAAGUAUUUGGGGGCUACUCGUUCCUCCUGCUAGAUUAUCUGCGGGAUACUGACCCUGCAUCUGUGAGCCUCGGAUUCCCGCUUCCUGCCAAGGAUGAGCUGGAUAUGUAUCUCAAAACCGUCGAAGCGAUGAAGCCACCCCAGGAUCACGUCUCGAUUAGCAACAUGUCUUUCACCGAUGCCACAAUGGGUCGAGAUAUGUAUGGCGGAAUCAGCACGCACCGCGUCUGGGCUACCAGUAGCCCUCCUCCAGAUCUUUUCACUGCUGAAGUUCUCCAAAAAGUCGGUGGACCUGAACUUACGCAAAUAAUCGCUGAAGGUUUCGACGCGAGAGCUAGAGAGAAGGCUAUCACUGGUCAAUGGCACCCAUUGCAUAUGGGACUGUAUUCUGUUUCAAAAACCAUGCUUAGCAAUGGGAUUCUGAACUACGUCGGUGAACGUUCCGAGAUGGCCAACUCAAUUGAAGGGAGGCCUCCAUUUUUGGACCACAAGCUGGUGGAAUACGCCAACACACUUCCUCCAUCUCUCAAAGUAAGACCCGUCCUGGAGGGAGAGCCAGAGAUAACCCCGCGUAAAUGGUCUUUCAUCGAGAAGUGGGUGCUGCGUCAAGCCGUGCGGCCAUUCAUUACAGAUGAACUAUACUAUCGCAAGAAAUCCCAAUACAAUGUUCCCAUCCCUCGUCCAGCUGCAGUCAGUGGCGAAAAAGUCUACACGGCUUUACAGGUCAUGCUGAAGGAGCGAGUUACCGAAGCUACUGUCAGGCGCCUUGGGUUUGCGAACUGGGAUCACAUCAAAGGAUUGCUCCACGACUAUCUCGAGUCGCCUGAAUCGCCUGUGGACGGUGGGCUUGAUAAACGGGCCAGGACACUUCUUUUCGUGUGGAGUCUUGUGAUUCUACAAGAUCGGUUUGAUUUGCCGACAGCACAUGUAUGACAAUAUAAUGUUAUGUUAACCAAUAUAUCGUAGUCCAAACUUACAAAUCUUCAUCACUCAAAUCAAUUUUUUCAUUCA